GGCUGUCCCAGUCCAGGGCACUGCUCAUCAUUCUCACCCCGGCGCCCCUCUCCUGCACCCCCUCUUCUCCUCGCCACUCGGGCUUCCUCGGGCCUUCCUCGCUCCUUGCCCCUCGCUCCCGCCGCCCCCCCCCCCAUCUAGGUGGUCUUGCGUGACUUCCCCUCGCCGGGCGCCGGAUACUCCCGGCGCGCGCCCCCUCCAGCCUUCCUGCUCUUCCCCCUCUCCCCUCCUUUCAACGGUCACCCUCCCCCGGUGCAUCUCUGCCAGGCAGCACAUCAUGGCCCUUGUAUGGCAAGAUGACCGCCGCCCAAAAUGACAACCUCCUCGCCCUGUCGGCGGAGGACGCCCACGUUGACAAACUCUCCCUCGAUGAGGUGAUGCACCAGCUCAAAACCAACCCGCUUGGACUGUCGGACGAUGAAGCCGCCCGGCGGUUGGCCAUCGUCGGCCCGAACCAGAUCACCGAGAAGACCAAGUCCCCUAUCCUGGUCUUUCUGGGGUUCAUGUGGAACCCCCUCUCAUGGGCCAUGGAAUGUGCGGCCAUCCUGGCCAUCAUCCUCCUGGACUAUGUGGACUUCGGCCUGAUUAUCGCCCUGCUGUUCAUCAACUCCACCAUCGGCUUCUUGGAGGAGCGGUCGGCUGGCAAUGCGAUUGCCGCGCUCAAGGCCCAGCUGGCCCCGGAGGCGAGAGUCCUGCGCAAUCGCGAAUCCCGGCCCACGCCGGCCAACCAAAUUGUCCCUGGCGAUGUGAUCCGCGUCAAGGCCGGUGAUGUCCUGCCGGCAGACGUGAAGCUUCUCAAUGGCGACGAAAUCAAGGUCGAUCAGUCUUCGCUGACUGGCGAGUCGCUGCCAGUGACCAAGAAGACCGGCGACACUGCCUUCUCCGGGUCCAUCGUCCGACAGGGAGAGAUCGAGGCCGUCGUGUAUGCCACCGGUUCGCACACCUUCCUUGGUCGUGCCGCGGCAUUGAUCAGCACCGCCUCCACAGAGUCCAAUCUCCAGCAUACCAUGACCAUCAUCGGGAAUGUCUGUCUCGUGGUCAUCCUCAUGUGGGUGACCAUCGUCCUGCUGGUGCAGCUGAUUGCCCGCGGAAGCUGGACCAGCCGCUCGCCGCUGGGCACACAAUUCCCCGGUCUAACGAAUCUUUACGGGCCGAACCGCUGCCGCAUGGGCCAGAAUCGGUGCCCCACUCUCAACAACAUCCUCAUUCUCAUCGUGGGUGGCAUUCCGAUUGCCAUGCCCACCGUCCUGUCGGUGACCAUGGCGAUUGGCGCGUCCAAGCUCUCGCAAAAGCAGGCGAUUGUGUCGCGCUUGACAGCCGUCGAGGAGCUGGCCGCCAUGGAUGUCCUGUGCUCGGACAAGACGGGCACGCUGACCCUCAACGAGCUGAGCAUCAACAAUGCGGAGAUCUACGCGCACGAGGGGGCCACCCCGGAGGAUGUCCUCUUCGAUGGGGCUCUCUGCGCACGGACCGAGGACGCGGACCCCAUCGACACGACCAUUGUCAAUGCCCUGACGCAGGACCAGCUGUCUAGCAUGGCACGCUUCCGGGCCACGCACUAUGUUCCCUUCGAUCCGGUCGGCAAGCGGACCAUUGUCACGUUGGUGGACUGUGGGCCUGCCGGGGCGGAGGACCCGGCGGCGGCCACCGCCAAGGGGGCGGUCUUUCGCACGGCCAAGGGCGCCCCGCAGAUCAUCCUGGACAUGGCCCACGAUGCGGAUCUCAUCCGGCCCAAGGUCAUGGCCAAGGUCAAUGAGUUUGCCUCGCGUGGCUAUCGGUCGGUGGCUGUGGCCCGGUCCACGGGGGCCGGGCCGCUGGAGCAGGCGUCGUGGAACUUCGUGGGCAUGAUCCCGCUGUAUGACCCACCCCGGCACGACACGGCGCAGGUGGUGGCCGCGGCCAUUGACAUGGGCAUCGCCGUGAAGAUGAUCACCGGCGACCAGUUGGCCAUCGCUCGGGAGUCCUGUCGUCAGAUGGGGCUCAGCACCGAUGUGCACACGGCUCGCUUUUUGGACGGCUCGCCGAGCACCAUGGAGCUCCUCCGCCAGGGAGCCAUCAGCGCCAUUGACGAGCAGGGGACGGCUCCGCCGCCGGCGCCGGAGGCCGCCCCGGCGGCCGUGGCCGGCGACAAAACCGUCGACAAGCUCGGCGACCCGGUGCCGGCGGCGGCGGCCGCCGCCGCCGCCGCCGGCACCACCGGCAAGGCCGUGCCCAACUCCACGGACACGCUGGUGCAAGAUCCGAGCCACCUUCAGGCCCUUGCCGCUGGGGCCGAGCCGGGAGACGCCCGGUCCUCCGGCGACCUGGGUGCCACCAGCAGCACCAGCGCCGGGCUCUCUUCCAGCGGGUCGGUCGGCAGUGCCGAUGCCAUUCUGCCGGCCCCUUCGAGGUCCGGCCAGCCGCCCGGGGCCAUUGAAUUGGCCACCUUCUCGGCCGGGCCCGUGCCAGGCCCCGGGGUCGGGGACACUGGGGGGGCCUCUUCCGCCGCCGGGACAGCUGCCCCGUCGUCGCCAUUGGCGGCCGGGACAGAGCCCGGGUCUCCGGCCGGUGCCGGUGCCGGUGCCGGUGCCGGUGGCGGCACCGGCGCCCCGGCUACGGCCACAAGCUCCGGGCAACUGCUCAGUGGCCCUGCGGCGUCGGCCGGCCGGGCGGCAGCCGCCCGGCCGACCCCCGGCGGCCGACAAAGUCUGGUCGGCGGUCACUUGGCCGCGGCCUACCUGGCCAGCAGCAUGCAGCCGGUCCCCGGCCAAACGACCACCACCGCCACCAUGGGGCCGGAUUAUACUUCCUCCGGGGCGACCGUCGAUCGGGCCGCCCAGGGUGCCGAGGAGAUCACCAUCGACCAGCUGGUGGAAAAGUCCGACGGCUUUGCCGAGGUGUAUCCCCAGCACAAGCAUGCCAUUGUCAAGCGUCUGCAGCGGUUGGGCCAUGUGGUGGGCAUGACCGGUGACGGUGUGAAUGACGCGCCGGCCCUCAAGCAGGCGGACAUCGGCAUUGCGGUGGCCGGGUCGACCGAUGCCGCGCGUGCCGCUUCGGACAUUGUCCUCCUGUCGCCCGGGCUCGGUGUCAUCAUCGACGCCAUCAUCGGGGCGCGGAAGAUCUUCCAGCGCAUGAAGAGCUACGCCACAUACGCCGUGGCCACCACCGUGCGGAUUACCUUCACCUUCGGCCUGCUGGCCACCAUCUUCGACUGGUACUUCCCCACCAUCCUGGUGGUCAUCAUGGCCAUCCUCAAUGACGGGACCAUGCUCACGAUUGCCAAGGACCUGGUUCGGCCGUCGAAAACCCCGGACUCCUGGCGCCUGACGCGGCUUUUCCCGCUGGCCUUCCUGUACGGUCUUUACCUGACCGCCUCGACGCUGGUUCUCUUCCGGUGGGCCUCGACCCAGCACAACAUGUUCACCAGCAUCGGCCUGGUGCCCGUGCCUUUGACCACCUACGAGGGGCAGGCCCGGCUCCGGGCCAUCGUCUACCUGCAUGUGUCCCUCUCCGGGCAGCUGCUGCUCUUCAUCACUCGGAGUCGGAGUUUGUCCUUCAUGUCGAUGCCGCAUCCUUUGAUGCUCCUGGCGUCGGUGGUGGCCCAAGUGAGUGCCACCUUCAUCGGCGUCUACGGCUUCAAUGGCUACCCGGACUACAACACCAAUCGCCCGCCGGGCGAUCUCAUCUGGGGCAAGGAAAGCUUCCUCGGCUGUGGCUGGGGCUGGGCGGUCUGUGUGUGGAUCUGGACCCUAUGCUGGUACAUUCCUCUGGAUGUAUUCAACAUGCUGCUGCACCGCAACUGGCGGCGCAUCUUCUCCAAGGUCAAGCACGUGUCGGUGCACGGACGCAAGGACCAGUCAGUGAGUCGCGCACAUGCGGCCGAGGCUCACCGGCGGCGCGCGCGGCGUGAACGCGAUGAACUUCGCUCCCGACCCAUUGAGAUGCAGGACUUCUGAGAGCUCCCCCUGGCUGGACAAGCCCCCAACGGCGACUCCUUUCCUCCCCCCCCCC